AUGAUUGUCGUGCACCGAAUCCUCUGUCCCCUGAGACGGCUCGGUUCAGCCCGAGUUCUAGUUGUUGAAAACCUGACAAGACUGACUCACAGACGUGAUGUGCACUGUCAGUCACCCCAGAUCUACACCAAGCGAUUCUGGAAGACUACUACCUCUGGUUGUAUGGCAAAAUUGCAAGUGCACACGAACUUCAGCAGGCCUUCCAAAGUUAGACAUAGCCAGUCCCCCGACAAAAUUGCUCCGGCAUCUGACACCUGCACGGGAUUUAAUUAAUUUUGGAAAUGAGGAACUGGCCACCUCAUGCGGGGUCGUGC